UUUUCCGAAUCUAAGACUGCAGCUUAACGUAAGACUCAAUUACACAUGCAUUGAUCACAAUACCUUUACUUUAAAUUACAUAUAUAAGAGAUAGUACGUAGACAAUAAGUAGACAAUAAAUAGACAAUAAAUUCUGAUGACUAUAAAAAGAAUAAAUAAUAAUUUAAAAAAUGACAUAAAAAUCAAACAAAACAAAAACCGAAAAAGUUACAACUUCAAAAAGAACAUUACUCCAAAAGAAACGAAAGGAAAGAAUGAAGUAAAAGCAAAAUAUAACUCCGUAGCAAAUUUUACAAAAAAAAAACUCUGCAGCAUCCGCUCUCAAAAACAACUCCGCAACAGAUACGUACGUGCCUCAAGCAGAAAGAGGGAAGGGAGAAUAAGGAGAGCCUGGUGCGCCGCCGUCGCUGCACCUUGUCUUCUCCGCCAUGCCUCAUCUCAUCAUCGGAUCUAUCUCCGGCGCCGUCUACGCGUCUCUGAUAUUCUCUACGAAGCCAAGUCACAUGUCAUCUUUAAUUUGGGAGAAAUUUAAUAUAUAGUUAAAGGGGUAAAAGAGGGGAUGUAAUUAAAAUUAAGUUUACUUAAAUAGAACUAAAUAAGUGGCACCUGUGGAAGAAACUAUUUUAGGUCCUCUUUAUGUAAAAUUGGUAUGAAUUGAUCCUAUACGCAACAAUUUUCUCUUCAUUUUAUGUUCUCUUGUUGCCUUGUUUGGUAAUCGGUGGUAGAGUUUUUGUUCGGCGAAUUUGUUUUGCCGC